AUGUCGGACAAAAAAGUGUUUAGGAACGAUGCGGUAGCUAGUAACGGUGGUACUUUGUCUAAUAUUCCAGAGGUGAUCGAUCCCGGAAUCACCAUUCCCAUAUAUGAGGAAGAUGUAAUGCAAGGGUCGAGUGCUGGGGGUCAUGUGGAAGUGCAACCGCAGAAACUUGGGUCAUACCGAUCUCGUGCUGGUAAAUUCUCGAAUACUUUAAGCAAUCUUCUGCCUUCUAUUAGUGCCAAGUUACACCAUUCCAAAAAAGCAACACAGGGAAAAGCUCCUGGUGAUGAUAGUCCAAAUAACAAUAGCUCAGAGUCAACGGUGGAUUCAGGCAAUGCAUAUGCGACUCGAGCUAACAGCAAGAAUUUUAUACAGUCAAUUGGUACCAUCCCAAUAGAAGGUGCCGAGAGCUUGACACCUCCACAUGAAAUGGAGAAGCUGGUGCAUUUUCCGGAUGCUAACUUUCUGGUUAGUCAGCCCAGGACCUCGAAUGAUUCCUUCACGUUCGGUGGAUCCGGCCUGCCUCAACAUCGAAUUUCGAGAACCAGGAAUAGCACUAUAAGCUCGCAAAUCACGUCCAUGUCAUCUAUCCCGGCCAAUAACGGAAGUUCGAGCGUCAUAUGGUCAAACAAUCAAAACUCCAGCGACCCACUGCAACAACAUUUGCUUCAGCAAUUCAACAGUAAUAACAUUAAUCAGAAUAACAGCUUAAGCGCCAACAAUACCAGUCCUUUGAAUGAAUACUCGAGCAGUACGACAUAUUUUGAUACAGCUAUUCCUUCGUCUAACGUUAACGCCACUUUGGCCGGCGGUACGAACAGCAUAAAUUUAACCGUUCCAGGCUCGAUGUGGUCUCAGAACAAUAUUUCUAACAGGCCUCGGUCAUUAUCAAAUGCCUCCAGUAUCUACACGGACGCUCCUCUUUAUGAGCAGCCAGCGAGGUCGCGUGCUACUUCUACUUAUACGCUUUCUCAGGCGCACGCCACACAAACGCAAGAGAUACCAUUUAUAGAGGACGACAUUGAUCCUAGAUCGAUAAAUUGGGUCACUACAGAUCCGCUGGUGCCAGCGAUCAAUCAGAUUUCCAACUUGCUACCAACAAACACCAUUUCGAUCUCUAAUGUCUUUUCCCUGCAGCAGCAACAACCACAGCUGAUGAACGCGGUGAAUUUAACAAGUGCUUCCUUGGCAACUUUGUGUUCCAAAUACGGCGUUGUUAUUUCUGCUACUACUUUAAAGGGUUUAAAUAUGGCACUUGUCGAAUUUGACAGUGUUGAAAGCGCUAUUCGUGCUUUAGAAAUGCUACAGGGGAAGGAAGUUUCAAUGAUCGGAGCACCGAGUUGUGUAUCGUUUGCAAAAGUUCUACCAAUGCAUCAACAAACCCCCCAGGUGGUGGUUUCUCCCAGGGCAACGGGAAAUGUGGGCUCCGACGCAGUUCCGCAACCAUUGCUGCAGGAACAACUAUUCAGUGGUACAGUCACUUUUCAACAGCAAGGAAACGUUUCGCUACCAAUAUUCAGUCAUCAGCAGCCAGAUUCACACCCUCAAUCUACCCACACGCAUUCCAACUCCAACCAGGGAUUUGGUCACAGCGCUCAAAAUGAAAAGGAGCAAUGCCCUUUUCCGUUGCCACCUUCGCCAUUCGAAAGUCACAUCGGCGCAGUGAAAGACAUAAUGAAAUCAUUUGACACACCGUUUGAUCAAGCUCAGACCUCUCACAUAGUCAACAAUGCUCUAAAAUAUGAUGGUACAUCCGAUACAACUGAUUUUGGACCUUUGCCCGAGCCAUUGACCGUAAGAGAGUUUGAUGCUCCGAAAUUGAGAGAACUAAGGAAAAACAUCGAUGCUAACCUUAUCCCUGACAUAGAGAUUGAACAACUUGCCAUUGCCAUGUUAGAUGAAUUACCAGAGUUGAGCUCUGAUUAUUUGGGUAACACUAUUGUUCAAAAACUAUUUACACAUUCAACGGAUAUCGUCAAGGAUAUUAUGUUAAGAAAGACGAGCAAAUAUUUGACUUCCAUGGGUGUUCACAAGAAUGGUACCUGGGCAUGUCAGAAAAUGAUUUCAAUGGCCCGCACACCGAGACAAAUAAUGCUAGUAACCAACGGGGUAAAAGACUAUUGUACGCCGCUCUUUAACGACCAGUUCGGUAAUUACGUUAUUCAAUGUGUACUCAGGUUUGGUUUCCCCUGGAAUAGCUUCAUUUUCGAAAGUAUCGUGGCAAAUUUCUGGACGAUCGCCCAAAACAGAUACGGGGCACGAGCCGUUAGAGCGUGCCUUGAAGCACACGAUAUUAUAACCCAGGAGGAAAUGCUAGUUAUCAGCGCCAUGAUCGUGCUGUACGCUGAGUAUCUGGCAACAAAUAGCAAUGGUACCCUGCUGGUCAGCUGGUUUUUGGAUACAUGCUCGCUACGCCAUAAGCAUUCUAUGUUAGCACCAAGACUUUUAUCUCACAUAGUUGAGCUAUGUCGCCAUCGGCUAGCAUCCUUAACUGUUCUUAAGCUGCUCAAUUAUAGAGGCGAUGACAUUGUGAGAAAGAAAAUUGCGCAUGCGAUUUUUGGUGAACCGAUAACCGAUGAGCCAGCUUUACCUCUUCGUCAAAUUCUUUGUGACACCAACUACGGUCCUACAUUCAUAUACAAGGUUUUGACAACAUCAUCGUUGGAGGGCGAUUUAAGAAAUCACGCCAUUAGGCAGGUGCGCAAGGUUCUAAUGGAAACGACACCAUCGCAACAGCACCGUCGUCUGAUGGAAGAAGUAGGCUUAACACCCGCCAAUUCCCAGCACAGUUCCCAAAGCAAGCAUUGCUCGAGUAUCUCUCAAGUUUUCAACCAGGACGGCACUCACCUGAGGGGCCUGUCCGUGUCAAGCGUCAGGAGCAACGGAUCAAGACAUAGCGGACUUGCGGCAGCAACAUCUGCUGGUCAAGCCUCUGUUCAACCUUCAGUACCAGCCUCAAAUAACGGUGCAUGGAACAUUGGAUACUCAAAUUAUCCCGGCUUAUUCCCGGGCUUUUCAAACAGCGGAUAUCCAGUGAACAGCGAAGAUUUAUCCAAUCAAUUCGAUAUGAUGUCACUCAACAACGGAACGCACAUCUCGCUUCCUCAAUUGAGUCUGACCAACCAAAACAACUCUACGAAUCUAAUAUAUCCUACCAAGAGUACCUCUAGUCAGGACCCCCAUACAAAAAGCCAUGGCAUGUUUGGUCAAUGA